CCGCGACCAAACGACUCCAACCAACCCGGAACUUUUAAAUCAACUAAUCAUUCCUGAAAACUUGUUUCGAGGAGUUUCCUCCUGCUUUUUUUUUUUUGUUCAGAUGUUUCUUUAAGAAAAAAGUAACUUCUGGACACUGAGCGUUGUUCCCUCUGAAGGAAAAAAAAAAGACAGCUGCAAAUGUUUCUCGCUCCGACUGCGGCGGUUCCUGCAGGACAGUAGCCCUCGACUUGUCUUUUCAAACCAGCCAGAGAGUGGGGGAGUCGAGAGGUGCCAAAAUGCCACAGCAGAAGGACAUAGUGAAGAUAGCCAUCCAGAUGCCUGGGGCCUACCCCCAGCUCAUACAACUGGACCAGAAAAAGCCUCUGUCUGCUGUCAUAAAGGAGGUGUGUGAUGGCUGGAAUCUCGAAGGUCCUGAGAACUACGCUCUGCAGUACGCUGAUGGAGUGCAGACGUACAUCACUGAAUCAAAUCGUCUGGACAUUAAGAACGGCUGCAUUCUGCGACUGACCAAGGCACCGGGUCGCUGCGCAGAGGACUUGUUCAAGGGCAUCCAGAGCUCAGACUCAGGCGUGCGCUGUGAUUCGCUGAAGGAACUGGCGAGUGUUUCCACAGACGUGACCUUUGCUCAGGAGUUCAUCAGCCGUGACGGACACCUCUUAUUGGUCAAGAUAGUAGAGGAUUCUAAUGAGAGUAAUGUGAUCAUGACCCACACACUGACAGGCUUCAUGGAACUGAUGGAUCAUGGGAUAGUUUCUUGGGAGAACCUAUCGUCUGUCUUCAUCAAGAAGAUUGCCAGCUUUGUCAACGCCAAGCCGACCGAUGCAUCAAUACAGCAGGUGUCGUUGGACAUCCUGGAGAGCAUGGUGCUGAGCAGUCACAGCCUCUUCCUGCAGGUCAAACAGGAAGUCACCAUGGAGAGGCUUAUCGCUCACCUCCAGGUGACAAAUCAGCAGAUACAGACUAAAGCCAUGGCCCUACUUAUGGCCCUACUACAGACAGCAGGCGACUCCGACAGACAGGAGAUGUUUGCAUUCCUAAAUAAGAAGAAUCUCCGUCAGUACAUUUAUAAGAACAUCAUCCAUAGUUCUGGUUCAGUCCAGGACGAGAUGGCCCACUACCUCUAUGUCCUACAGUCAGUUACUCUGAAUCACCUGGAGCCUCGCAUGAGGACGCCUCUGGACUGUUACAGCCAGGAGCAAAGAGACAUCCUUCACAGUUUGCGGCAGGCGGCGUUCGAGACAGAAAGCGAGAACAGCCUGAGCCACGAGAGGCGACGCUCGCUCUGCGCUAAAGAGUUCAAGAAACUGGGCUUCUCUAACAAUAGUAAUCCUGGUCAGGACUUGGUACGGACACCUCCUGGUCUUUUAGCUUUGGACACCAUGUUUUAUUUUGCCUCACGCUAUCCUGAUGCCUACAGCAGGUUUGUUCUGGAGAACAGCAGUAGGGAGGACAAACAUGAGUGUCCGUUUGCCAGGAGCAGCAUACAGCUCACACUCAUCCUGUGUGAAAUUCUUCGCAUCGGAGAGCCACCCUCAGAGACGGGAUCUGACUACCACCCCAUCUUCUUCAGUCAGGAUCGGCUCAUGGAGGAGCUUUUCUGUGUCUGCAUUCAGCUGCUCAACAAGACCUGGAAGGAGAUGAGAGCCACACAGGAGGACUUUGACAAGGUGAUGCAGGUGGUGAGGGAGCAGAUCACCAGGACAUUGUCCAGUAAGCCGACCUCCCUGGAGCUCUUCAAGAACAAAGUCAACGCUCUCAACUACAGCGAGAUCCUCAAACUGCGGCAGACGGAGCGGCUGCACCAGGAGGAGACUCUCGCUCCGCCUGUGCUUGAGCUCAAAGAGCGCCUGAAGCCAGAGCUGCUCGAGUUGAUCCGCCAGCAGAGACUCAACAGGCUGUGUCAGGGAACGAUGUUCAGGAAGAUUAGCAGCCGGCGCAGACAGGAUAAACUGUGGUACUGCCGCUUGUCGCCCAAUCACAAAAUGCUUCACUAUGGCGAUGUGGAGGAAGACACGGACAAUCCGCCAAUAGAAACACUGCAAGAGAAGAUUCCAGUAGCAGAUAUCAAAGGCCUGCUGACAGGAAAAGACUGUCCUCACAUGAAAGAGAACAAAGGCAAACAGAACAAGGAGGUGCUGGACCUGGCAUUUAGCAUCACAUAUGAUGUCGAGGAGUACAGUCUGAACUUUAUCGCACCCUCCAGAACUGAUUUCUGCCUAUGGACAGAUGGGCUGAGCGUUCUCCUGGGCCGGGAGAUGAGUAGUGAAUCCAUGCGCAGCGAGCUGGAGAUCCUCCUCUCUAUGGAGAUUAAGCUGCGCCUCCUGGACCUCGAGAAUGUCCCCAUCCCCGACAGCGCGCCGGUAGUCCCCAAACCUCCGAGCAACUACAACUUCUGCUACGACUUCAGCCAGACUGAGCAGUAGAGCGUGUGCACAGGCUGGAGUGCAACUAGGAUGUGCGAAUGUGUAAAUAUAUGUGUUUGUAUGUAUGUGUGUGUGUGUUUGUGUGUUUGUGGUGAGAUUUGAUCUGUGCGUCCAUGCACUUAUUAACACAGAUUUAUAACCCUGACAUUAGAAUUUUCUUCUGUGGCCUCAUUCUCUACAUCCAAGUGAAACUGAAAACAUGGAAAGAGUCUCUUAAACUACAAUAGCGGUUGUGGGUAGGAAUCGCUACCAAAUGGCUCUCAGACGGAUUAAUGCUGCAGAUUAUCACUCCCCAACUGGGAUAGAAGUUUUCUUUCUUUUCUCAAUCAGUUGAUGUUCAGCUGUCCUCAUUCCUGUUCCUCAUCUGUCUGGAAACAUCAACAAAUUCCAAAAACAGAGACUUGGAUAAAUGAGAUUCUUGAUGUUAUGAAAUACCACUGCUCAAGUAAUGGUACUUUAAUUUUGUUGUGUAAUCAGUUUUAUAUUUCUAAAUAUAUCUAAACUAUGUAUGAUACAUGGAAUAUUCCUGUGUGCGAGGCUGCUUAUUACUGGUUGGCGCUGUAGACGCUUUGAUCUGGUUGUGCUCAUUUCUCCUAAAUUCUUGUAUUUUUUUUUGUUUUUGUUUUUUAUUAAUGGGCAUUAACUAGAACACAGUGCUUUUUCAAGAUGUGGUACAUGUCUGAUUCAUUUCCAACAUGUGAUAUAGAACUACAUUAUGUUUUCAAUGUUGGACGAUUUCUUUUGCUUAAAUACACCUAUAGGUACUGGCCUUUGUACGGAUCCCAGUGGCUCAGUGAUGAUUACUGUGGAGCAGAGAUGCUCCUUCUUGUUUUAUAGCAGUGCAGAUUUGCAUUAGGUACUAAGCUGACUUUUUUUUUUUUCUCUUGUAGUGGUAAAGCCACUUGUUCCUUUACAACAAUCAACAGUUUGAAAAUUAGAAAGAAAACUUGUGACAAGUUUAAUAUCCGACCAACAAUCAUCCCUGUGAGUCUGUACGACACAGAACUGCAUUGAACCCUGAUUUAACUCUAACGGAAUCAUUUUAUACAAGGUAAAUAUUAUAAUGUGAUGCGCUCAAUCUCACCAUGCAUUCAGUGGGGGCUGCAAGCAGCACAGAAUUGACACAGAUCUACAGAAUAUCAUAGUGUGUGUGUGUGUGUGUUUUCGGCCUGUUUUUGGCAUCGGGUUAUUACAUUUCAGCACGGUCACGACUUUCUUCUGCAGUGCAUUCCUGACACACCACCCUCUGCGAUGAUGCUCACUCUGAGUCAUGCGCUUUGGGUGACUUCACAUGAAUAAAAAGUUUGAUUUAUACUGAGAAAAAGAAAAAACUUGUGUUUCUCUGCUAGCAGUUGCCAAACUUUGGUUUAUUUAUAAAAUCAACAUCUUUUACACUUGAUUCUUCAUCUUUACAGUCUAUAUGUCUCCCUCUGUGACAGUCCGUCAUGCCCUGUUACAACGGUACAAACAUUUUCAAUAAUGUACAUACUGUAUAAAGGGGUAUUAUUUCUUUAAUAAGACUACAGUGCUUGAGCAAGACCAAAAGAGGAGAGAUUGGUCCCUUAGAUGAAUUCAAGUUAGUUCAACGCUACAGGUUGAGCCAUUAUUCUGUUUUGUUGAUUUAAAAAAAGAGGAAAUUAUCAAGACAAAAAUCAAAAGCAUGUUUCCAAAGCUAUACAGAUGUGUGAGCAUUUAAAUCUUUCCUCCUUUUAGUGCUCAAAGCACAAUAGAAAUGUUCUCAAUGUUAAGCAAAAAACCUGAAAGUCAUCAUGUAAAAACAAUAUAGGAUCUGUCAAUUAAAGUCACAUGGUUCAAAAUUCUAAAAUGUUUAUAUUAUCAUAUAUAUUAAGAAUUAACUUUCAAUCUCAAUAACACUGUUUCUUAUGGGACAGCUUCUGCUCGUGUUCUUGAUGUAUACUGUUUACCUUUUAACUUAGAUAAAAGCACCUUGUCACUAUAAGGGAAUUAAUAUAACAAGCAAAAUCUCUCAUGUACGAGAAAACAAUUCCCGUUCUCAUUAUGAUUAGACAGUGUGAGAAUAUUUCUUAAUGUGGCAGUUGUGUGUUUCAGUUUUGAGGAAUUCAUUUGAUUUUAUUGGGUACUUGUGCACAAACUAGGCACCUUGAAACGCCUUCCCUAGAUGAAAUCUGUGCCUUCAGCGGUGAUACACCACAUAAACUAAAAAUAAAUAUUACACCAAAACGUUUUCCGCUUGGACUCAACAGUUAAUGAUCUUUGAAAGUGGCGGUUAGGAUGGGUGUGUUUUCAGUCCGAUACAUUUUUGUCUACUUGGUCUGAUUAUUUGCAUCCAAGCAUGAACAUACUUAGGAAAUGUUUAACCAGACAAGCAGAAGUACUUCCACAUUGGUUUUGCGCAAGUGGCACCUGCUCUAUACGAGAGAGAUUUAAAAAAUAAAUAAAUAAAAUAAAUCACUUAUAGGCUGACUUACAGAUAACAGGUUUUACGGUAGCUCAGCCUGUAAACUGUCAACACUUCCUUCAAUUCUUGUGCAAAUUGUUGAGAUGUGCAAAAGCUCAACUCAUGGAGCAGGCUUUGGUCAGCAGGUUUUGUUAUUGG